GUCAAAGAAUACCUUUGUAUUCUUUGGUUCAAGUGCUGCUUCGGUAUAGUCAAAUUUUGGGACAAUUCAAUUGUUGUUGUCAUGUUGAGGUUAAUUGUUGUUCAUUGAUUUUGUCAACAAUCUUGAUUUUAGAAUUCCAGAAAAUUAAUUUUUUCAAAAUUAUGUUUAUAGUUGCCAUUACAGGUGGCAUUGCCACUGGUAAAACCACAGUCAGCAAAGUCUUCGAAGAAAAUGGAAUCCCAGUAAUAGAUGCUGAUAAAAUUGCACGCGAAAUCGUGCAGCCUGGAAAACCAUGUUGGGAAAAAAUUAGAGAGAUUUUUGGUGACGACAUGCUUCUGCCAAAUAAAGAAAUAAAUCGUGCCGCGUUAGGACGUCUUAUAUUCUCAGAUAAGGAUCUACGCAUGAAAUUGAACAAAAUUACGCAUCCCGUGAUACACCGUGCUAUUUUAAAAGAUGUGUGCAAACAUUUCAUGAGCGGGCGAGCAUGGAUAGUGCUCGAUUUACCUCUGUUAUUUGAGACUGGUAUAUUGAUGGAUUUUAUUUACAAAGUAAUUACUGUAUCUUGUGACUCUGAAACUCAGUUAAACCGUUUAUUGAUACGCAAUGAACUACAUCCAGAAGACGCACGCAAACGGAUUGAAUCACAAAUGCCAUUAGAGAAAAAAUGUGAAAAAUCGCACUUUGUUAUUGAUAACUGUGGAACAAUUGCUGAAACUAGAGCUGAGGCCUUACGUAUUUUGAAUUUGAUGAAUGAAAGUAAACAGCAUUGGCGAAAUCGCCUCAGUUUACUUGGAUUUCUUUUUGCAAUCUUAUUUUCAUUUUAUUAUUUAAACAAAGUCUUCAACAUAAUUCCAGCACUUAAUUUUAAAAGAACAUGAAAUGUUUGUGAUGUGAAAUAAUUAAAACCAAAUGAAAUAUUUUAUUAUAGUAUUGUUAUUAAAUGUACGUAAUUGUUUCUAAUAGACAAUAUAUAAUAUUUAAUUAUUGAAAAUAUUAUGACUAGCUUGUGAAUAUGAAACUUUAAGUAAAUGAAGUUUCUC